AUGCCUGACGACGCUCUACUAUCUCAAAUCCUUAGCAAGCUCGACGCGUUGACCACGACUCAGGCAACGCUGACGGAGCGUGUCGAAUCUCUGACGCGUACCGGGGCUGGCGUGCCUACUAUUAGUCAACCGAAUCGACCUGCGAGUCCGACGGUAACGUUGUCCAGCUCAGGCAUAGGCUUGGGCACCAGUCCACCCGUCUCAAGCUCUCCUGGGCUAGCGGGUAUCCCUACCGCUGUGAGCGUGAGCGCUCUUACAGCUUCACGGCCCACAGGAACGCCAAUCGAGCAGCCUAAAGAUAAAGCCCUCUAUCCAAACCGCGUUAUCUUGACCACCUACCCCGAUCAAACAGGGAUAAAGCCUAUCCCACUCAAAUGGGCUGCCGACACUCCAACUGCCAGAGGCCCGAUUGUGUGCUCACGUCUGCCAUCCAGUAUCAAGUUGCGCAAUGCCAUCGGCGCCCACUCUGGCUCCUACUCGAUUUAUCGUGCGCUCGCUAUUGCAAUGGGGACCCUUUCGCCUACUCACCAGCCUAACUAUUCGUUAACCGAGCCUCCGGUCGAAAUCCCGCCUCAGGCUAGUUGGUUCGAUCCUAAGAAAAUUGUGUCUUUUGAUCCAUGGGGACAUGUAGUUCAACAAGUAUAUGCCAACGAGAUUGCGAGUGGAUUGGACGUCAGACCCAGUAUUGCAAUCACCAAAGCUCACAUUAAAUUGUCUGAAAUCGAUGCUGCUCUUACUACGCCAACCGCACUCCCUGUCGACGGUAAAAUCGUUAUCAAAUCUCGCCCGCUUUUGAAUCCAGACGGAACACAGAGUGACGCGGAUCCUGGUAUUGAACUGGCCUGUAGCAAGGCCGCCGUAGAACCCGUAUGGUGGCUCCCUGGAGUUGCCGAGCGCUUUGGAAUUCACGAAUCUCUACUUCGCCGAGCACUUUUUGAAGAAACCGGCGGCAUGUAUCCUGAAUUGAUUACUCGACCUGACAUUAAGGUGUUUUUGCCUCCAAUUGGUGGCUUGACCGUCUACAUCUUCGGUAAUCCUGCACACAUGCGCGACCCAACCAAAGAGCUCACAUUACGUGUACACGAUGAAUGCAACGGAUCUGAUGUCUUCGGUUCGGAUAUUUGCACGUGCAAACCUUACCUUGUUUUCGCGAUCGAAGAAUGUGUCCGCACUGCCCAAAAGGGUGGAGUCGGAAUUGUAGUGUACUUCCGCAAGGAAGGUAGAGCACUGGGAGAAGUCACCAAAUACCUUGUGUAUAACCUCCGUAAGCGUGGCGGCGAUAGUGCAGAUAAAUACUUCAAGUCCACGGAACUUAUUGCGGGAGUCAAGGACAUGCGGUUCCAAGCAUUGAUGCCAGACAUUCUUCACUGGCUCGGAAUCACAAAGAUUGACAACAUGAUCUCGAUGAGUGAUAUGAAAUACAACGCGAUCGUCGAUUCUGGAAUCCCUAUCUUGAAGCGAUACGAUCUACCGGAACAUCUCAUUCCACCCGACUCGCGUGUAGAGAUUGACGCUAAGAUUGCCUCUGGUUACUUUACUAGUGGCAAGAAGGUUACCGAAGCAGAUCUUUACAAGACAGUUGGGCGUACUUGGGAGGAGACGGACCACUGA